AUGUCGCAUAUAGAGACUGUCACUAUUCCAGAGGCGAAGGAGCUUUGGCGCCCUUCGUCUCCCGAGACCACUCAGAUCUAUGAUUUCAUGAACAAGUUGAACAAGAACUACAGCCUGUCUCUGAAUGACUACCAUGAGUUGUGGCAAUGGAGUGUUUCGCAGCCAACUCAAUUCUGGGAGGAGAUCUGGCACUAUACAAGUAUCAAAGCUCACCAACCAUACCAACAAGUGAGUAUCACAUCUCAUGGAUGUCAAGGUCCUCUCGCUAAUAUCAGGUGGAUGAAGGUUCUUGAGUCCGAAGACUUGCUUUUUCCAAGGCCUGAUUUCUUCAGGGGAAGUACUCUGAAUUUCGCCGAGAAUCUCCUUUACCCUGCCAGUCAGCCCGACGAGAAUACUGUCGCAGUGAUAAAUGCCACAGAAGCUGAUCGCGAGUAUAUCUCGUGGAAGGAGCUGAGGGAGCGUGUUAGAAAAUGCGCUAAUACUAUGAAAGAGUCUGGUCUCCAAACUGGUGACCGUGUGGCUGGAUUUGUUGGUAACCACGCCAAUGCCGUCGUAGCAAUGCUGGCGGCGACCUCUAUCGGCGCUUUCUGGACUGGAGUUUCUCCAGAUACUGGUGUUCAUGCAGUUCUUGAACGACUUAAGCAGAUUGGCCCGAAGAUUCUUUUUGCAGAUAAUGCCUCGCUUUACAAUGGCAAAGUCCACGGAUCACAUGCUAAGGUACAAGAGAUUGUUUCAGACCUGCCUGAUCUGGAAAUUCUUGUCGUCUUCGAGACCGCAAAAUCUCUCAAUUAUAGCCUUGAAAAGCUUCGCCCAGUAAAUGGAAAGGCCGUUACUUAUGAUACAUUCCUCUCUGACGUUCGUGAAGAGGCAAAUUCACUGGAAUUUGCAAGCUUGCCACCUGAUCAUCCAGUCUACAUUCUUUACUCAUCAGGCACCACAGGCGCACCGAAACCUAUUGUUCAUGGUUCUCUGGGCACCUUACUGCAGCACAAGAAGGAGCAUGUCCUACACUGCGAUAUUCGACCUGGAGACCGGCUUUUCUACUUCACAACGACCACAUGGAUGAUGUGGCACUGGCUAGUUUCUGGAUUGGCGAGCGGUGCUACCAUUGUGCUGUAUGAUGGGUCACCUUUCCGGCCAUUUGAUGUUGAAGGAGGCAAAGGAGAGAUGGCCAUGCCUCGUCUUAUUGAGGAACUUCAGAUCACCCACUUUGGUACAUCGGCGAAAUAUCUAUCCAUUUUGGAGCAAGCCGCGUUAAAUCCCCGCGAUCAUCCACACAGGCCAGUAACUCUGAAGAGUCUGAGGGCGAUUUUUAGCACUGGAUCCCCAUUGGCUCCAUCUACCUUCGACUACAUUUACUCUUCUAUCCAUGAAGAUAUAAUGCUGGGCUCUAUCACAGGUGGCACUGACAUUUUAUCGUUGUUCUGCUCUGGUUGUCCCAUUCUUCCAGUCCACAGAGGAGAGAUUCAGUGCCGCUCUUUAGGUAUGGCGGUCUCUGUUUUCGACUAUGCUGGGAAUGAUAUUAGUGCCUCGGGCGAGCCUGGAGACCUCGUUUGUAAAGUCCCAUUCCCAGCACAGCCAGUUAUGUUUUGGCCACCUGGUCCAACAGGCCUGGAAAAGUACCGAAAGAGCUACUUUGAUGUAUUCGGCCCUUCCAUAUGGCACCAUGGCGACUUCGUGCGCUUGAACCCUAACACCGGAGGUGUGGUCAUGUUGGGCCGCAGUGAUGGUGUUCUCAAACCAUCCGGUAUCCGAUUCGGAAGUGCGGAAAUCUAUAAUGUCUUACUGAAGCACUUUGCAGAUGAGAUUGAGGAUUCUCUUUGCAUUGGUCGUCGACGAGAAGGUAUUGAUGACGAUGAGACGGUUAUUCUCUUUGUAAAGCUUGCACCGGGAAGUCCUUCUACCGUACCUGACCUUGCGGCCCGUAUCCAGGCGGUUAUUCGAAAGGAGCUGAGUGCUCGGCAUGUCCCUGGCGUUAUCGAUACCUGUCCUGAGAUUCCAGUGACUUCGAACGGCAAAAAGGUCGAGAAUGCAGUCAAACAGAUAUUGUGUGGACUUAACAUCAAAAUCGGUGCAAGCGUUGCGAAUGCAUCUUGUCUUGAUUGGUAUCGUGUCUGGGCCUCCGAACAUCCCUAG